AUGUUACAACACGCCCUCUUCAUUGCUUUAGCAUUGCUAACACUAUCCGAAGCUGCUCAUCUAAAUCUAAGUGGGGAAAAAUUUGACUACUUUUUACUAGCACAGUCGUGUCCUCAGACCUCUUGCUGGGAUCUAACCGAAAAUUGGCAAAACUCAGGCUCUAGCUGUACCUCGUGCAAUAAGCUGUCAGACAGUUGGAGCCUACAUGGAUUGUGGCCUAACAGAUACAAUGGAAAUCACCCAUCCAAUUGUGACGACGAAACGCGAUUUAGACCAAAUUCGGUGAACGAAGCUUUGAAGCACGAGAUGAGUCUUAAAUGGCGCACUUAUAAGUCAGGCUUCACCAAUCAACGUUUUUGGAGCUAUGAAUGGAAAAAACACGGCACCUGUGCAGCUGGAGUUCCCGAGACCAAUUCGAUCAAGAAAUACGUUUCCAAAGCGCUAAACUUGUUGGACACGUAUAACAUGAAAACGUUGCUACAAAAAGCAAAUAUUCAGCCAGGUGGCAGUUACGAAUACAAUGCAGUGUUCAACGCUAUUCGCAAUGUUUUAGGAGUAGAAGGUCGAUUAGGAUGCGUCAAAAAUCCGAAAAACGGCGAGCAAUACCUCUUCGAGGCUUACAUAUGCUUAGACAAGUCUUUCAGGCCAAUCAAUUGUGUGUCUUACGCAGGUUUUCCAGGCUGCAAACACAACAAAAAGGUGGUGUAUCCCAAAACUCUGAAAUCUUGUCACUGAUGUAUUGUUAAACUAUCCAACUUACGGAAUAAAUCAACGAUCUUUUGAUAA